AAAAGUGAGUCGGAGAGCCUCAGGUGGCACUACUCUUUCCAAAGCCCAGAGCAUCAUCAGCAUCAUCUGUUCCUUUGCAUCUCGAUCUUCGCGUCACUGCGAAAUGGACCCCAAGAGCUCCUGCUGCACCGGCGGCUCCUGCGCCUGCACCGGUCCCUGCAAGGGCAAAGACUGCAAAUGCAGCUCCAGCGAGAAGAGCUGCUGCUCCUGCUGCCCCAAGGGCUGUGCCAAGUGUGCCCAGGGCUGUGUGUGCAAAGACGCCAAAGACAAGUGCAACUGCUGCACCUGAAACUCUGGGCAUUGGGAGAUGUGCUGCCUGAUACUAAGAAAGUUCGUCUGUGCAGCCUGACCUGUUUGCUGCCGUCUUAAAUAUGUGAAUGUUAAUAAAAGUUACUGAGAUUA